AUUUAUUUGUUUUAGCACCUUCUAUUUGUUUGUCUGUCUCGGCUGCUUUAGUUUCAGACAUUUACUUUUACAUAAUGUACAUAUAAAGUUUUAGUGUAAUUGUAUAUAUGUUGAACCUCGAUCCAAAACGGAAUGCGAAAUUUGCAUAGCUAAUGACUCGCAUAUAUUUAUAUAGCUAUGUAGGAGAAUUAACAUUUGUAUUUGCGUUUCAGUCUAAGUUUCAGUUGCAAGCGAACUUUUUGGAGUCGACAUCGAGCUCAGGUGCUAUCCACAGCAAUGGCAUCUAUAUUUCUCAGAUUGACAACAAUCUGCACGAAGAUGUCCAACUAUAUCAAAACAAACUCACCCUUCGUGAUUGAGGCGCUGAUGGUAACGAUCUGCUUUGGUGCCAUAAUAAGCAGAUAUAUAAUAAUUACCUAGAUGAACGACACAUACUAUACAUAUGUACAUAUAUGUAUAAAUCAAUUGAAUCGACGCAUGUAACAAUAAAACGAUCGUAUCUGAAUCUUCCUCUAAAUAGAA